UUUGCCAAAGAGGUAAUCAAGCGAUUCUAGAUGUUCAAAGAAUCUUUCAUAGCAGGAAGUACUCGUAUCAGGCGGUAUGUAUAUCACAAAGAAAUAAGUCACUUCAUUUUUAUAUCUAAGUUUGAUUCCAAUUAUGUCAAUACUGGGAAUAUCGUCUCUGAUAAAAGUCAUAUUUACCUCUGAUGCAGCAAGUUGAUUACGAAUACCAAUUAAGACACUACCUCCUCUAGGGCGCGAAUUACACUGAAAAGGCGUAAGGUGAAGGCGCGGCGCAGACGCAGAGCAGGCGUGGCACAGAUAAGGCACGGAUGCGAUUUAAAUUAUAUCAAAGAGGCGAAGAGAUGGCACAACAAGUCAUUACAUAGGGUGACUUUAUCGUGAUAGCAUGUCUUCCUCUUCAGACGACGAAGAUGCGUUGGCUUUGCUGCAACUCAUUAAUGUGCAGAGACACCGAAGAUAUUGGGUGCACCCUGUGUGGAGAAUGUCACAAGAGCAUAGAUAUUUUAAAAUGAUGGAAAAAUUAUGCGAAUAUCCUGAUCGUUUUCCUACAGUGUAUAAAAUGUCACUAGAAUGUUUCCACAUUGUAUUGUCGAAAGUGAGACACGGUCUUCAGAAGAAGCAUACAAAUUGGAGAGAACCGAUCUGUCCUGAAGAAAGACUAUUGAUAACAUUAAGAUACUAUGCAGAUGGAUGUUCGUUUAAAUCGCUUUCUACAUAUGUUCAGAGAGGCAGCACUACCGUUCAAAAAAUCGUACAAGAAACUUCACGUGUACUGUGGGAAUAUUUACAGCCGGAAUAUAUGCCAAUACCUACAACACAAAAAUGGCUUGAAGUUGCUCAACGUUUUUACACUUUAUGGAAUUUACCAAAUUGCGUAGGAAGUAUAGACGGAAAGCAUAUAAGAAUUAAAGCACCCAAAAAUUCUGGCUCAGCUUACAUAAACUAUAAAGGAUAUUUCUCUAUCGUAUUGAUGCCAGUAGUAGAUCAGAUGGCCUGUUUUUAA